AUGAACCGGGUACACGAGUUGAGGCAAAGAGAAAACCGAGGAAGUCAACCUCUUGCUGCGUCAUCGCCAAGGCCUGGUCCUCCUUUUGGAGCUCCUACGCCGCUAUUCACGGGACGGAGACCAGUGCUGAUGGAUAAGAAUGGCAGGGAUCCAUCGCUCGAUAUUAGUUCGAUUCCGAUGAGUGGCGAAAGAAGAGGACGUCUCGAGGCAGAAGAUGUCCCAAGCGUGGAAACCUUCUCCGCGGAUGGAAUCGAGAGCCCGACGAUUGUCCAGCAAUCGACUGGAAAUGUGCGUCAGUACAUCAGCAGCUUAGUCGCCAAGAAAAACAAGUACAAGCGCAUGGCUCUCGAGGCGAAGAAAGCAUACGAAGAGCUGUCAGCCCUCGUGACUGAAAAACUCCCUGUCGUCGACGCGCUCGAAGCCGGCGUGAACAAGAUGCACGACACCGUCGAAGCGAUCAAGCAACGACAGUAUGUCUUCUUCACCGUUUUGUCGCUCCUUGCGGUAUUUAUUUACGCUGUCUUCGUAGAAAUGCGAGCAGCCACUGCCACAACCAACGGCAGUCCAUAUGUCUGA